UACAGUUCGCAACUUCACACUGUAUCAGUGUAUCCCCACGAGGAACUGCGAAGCUGCGAGGGCUGAUAAUAUCGUAAUAAUCAAAAAACUCUUUGAUCGCUUUGGCUGGUGCGUUUCGUUGAAAACUGAAGCUGAAGGUGGAUCUUUUGUCUAAUCUGCCGACAUGGUUUUUGCAUUCUUCAUAAGCACACUACAAACGGGAUCCGCGAAACUGCUUUAUUCCAUAGUCUUCGACAAGGAUCCUUCUAUUAGUGAUCGCCAAGAUCGUAAGGACAUCCUGCAGAAACUAUGCAGCAAACUGGUAUCCGAGUACGACGCGGUGAAACGCUACACGAACCGUAAUGACGCCGCGGACUAUGAACGUCUCAAAUCCGACAACGUUCUACCUGAAUUCUCUCGAGGCGUGGUGCGUUUGGAUAAAGGCGAGUACUUCGAGGAUGGGAAAAUCUUGUUGUGGUUCGCGGCCAUCGAUUGUGGUUUCGCCUUCGUGCUGCAGAAUUGGGAGAGCGUCCACGCCGCUACGCUGAAUAUGAAAUUGCUUAUUCAGAACCUCCAACAGUAUACACGGAUUAUGACGGAGCCUGCGUACUGCAUCCUGAAGCCUGAGCGGGUCGAAAUAGUAGUGCAAAAAUCGCUGGCCAACGGUGUGCUGCCGCUGCAUACCAGUGCCAUGCUCAAGGAGCGUCUUAAGGAAUUGGAUAAGAUUUUCUCCAGACUGAUUAAAGAGAAAUGAUGAUUGCACGACAUAACUGGUGAACUCGCUGGGCAAACUGCAUUGUCUGUUAAUUAUGGUUUUUUAUGAUUGUUAUCUGUGAUACCCGCUUUCGUUCCAUUUACGGACCACUUUCGUUCCAGUUUUCAAGUUUUAUAUCAUAUUUUAACAACCCUAACUUCAGCAUUAAGUAAUCUGGUAUGCAAGUUA